AAAUCCUUUUCUGUGUCAUCAUUUGGCUUUAUGUUAACUGUAUGAACCUGUGAUUAGCAGAAUGCUGCGAUUUAAAACACUACCACUUCUCCUUGCGAAGGCAUAAAGCAUUGAAAGGGGUCGUCAGAGGCAGAAUACAAAACCUAUCUAUAUUAUAUCAUCUUUAUUUUUAAUCGUUGCGAAAAGCAAUAGUUCAUGGAUGUUGACAAUAAUAUAUCGAGUGAAUCUAAAACUGCUAGUCAGGAAUCAAAGAAUGGCCCAAUUACUAUGGAAGUGGACGGCUCUGAAGGCACCUAUGUAAACGAAAACGGUGUUGAUAAGACUAGUAUGGAAGUUGAUGACUCACAUCUUUCAGAAGACACAGCUUUGUCAAAGUCCAGUAAACGGAAGCGUACGAAUGCAGAAUCCACAGAAGCAGGCAAUGAACGAAAGUUGGAGCGGCAACGACUUCAAGAGGAAAAGGCAAGAAAGAAAGAAGAAGAUCGUCUUCGUCGUGAACGAGAACGAGAGCAACGAGAGAUAGAGAAAAAACAGCGAGAAGAAGAACGACUAGCUGCGAAGAAGAAGCGUGAACUGGAAAAAAUGGAGAAAGACCUCGAACAACAAAGGAAAAAAGAGGAGCGUGAUCAAAAGCAAAGAGAAAAGGAAGAGGCGCUGCGUGUUAGACAAGAGCAAACCGCUAAUAAAGAAAAGCAGCAACUUCGACUAAAUAGUUUUUUUUCUAAAGGAAAAGCUUCUAACAAAGAGUCUCCUGUUAGUGAGCAAGAACAACCAGCAACGGAUUUUGAUAAGACGUUUCGUCCCUUUUUUCUUAAAAGCCAAGCAGCAUUUGCAAAAUUUCCCCCUUGCCUAUACUCUUUCGAUCAACUGGACAAGCUGUUGACUUCUACCUCCGACGACUCAUUAACCUUAAAAAAAUUACUUUUAUCGCAUCGCUCUUCUCAGGCUUUAUCAGAACCACUUCAUGCAAAACUCCCUACAGGCUUCAAAUCUCAGUGGGUGAAACACUUUAUGGAUAAAUUCCAAGAUCCCAACGUUAGUAACCCGGAAGAAAUACUACAACAGGUCUCUAAAGCCCAAGUUAAACUUAUAUACUUUGCUCAAGACAUUCGUCCUCCUUAUUUUGGAACGUUUACCAAACAGCAUACCGAAGAAAGCAUAUAUGUCAAUCCAUGGCUUGAAGACAAAACUAUAGACUACGGUUAUGACUCCGAAGCUGAAUGGGUUGCUGAUGAUGAAGAAGAAGGAGAAGAUUUGGAUAGCGAAGAUGAUGAGUUGGAUAACUCUGACGAUAAUCUGGACGAAGUGGAUGCUGGAUUCGUUGAUGAUGACAAUGACAAAGAAAUCAUUACUUCUGGCAAACCAAAUCGUUUGGUUGGUCCGUUACAGCCGAUUAUCGAAGGACCGUCUUGGGAUUUAAAUUUUCUCUCUAAUUUUGCUUGCAUCUCUUUAUUAGACCCUAUUACCCCUUUCUCCACCUCCUCUAGUUUUCGAAUUGAUCCUCACAGAGAUUAUUGGGUUCCUCAAGAAAGAUCAUCUGAUGUGUCAGUUUCUUCCAUUGUUCAAGAUACCUCUCCAUCUAGCUUACAAGUGAAAUUGCCAUCUGAAGAUCUACCUAGUUUUCUGGGUUAUGUCACCAGAUCUCACGAAAACAAAAUCCUCUUAAUUGAGCAUCUACGACAAAUUUUUCCUCAUGUCACUAAGAAUGUUAUAAGCGAUACGCUUAACAAAGUCGCUGUUCGCCGUGGUAAAGCAGUUUCUGAUGGUUGGGAUAUAAAACAAGAAUUUCAAUCUUUCCUUUCUUCUUGAUGUCAAUUCAAGAAUACCUUAGUCUUUCUACUAUAUGGUCAAGGAUCCAAAGCAUGUAACAUUAUAUUUAUAGGUCAUUACUUACUAUAAUAUGAAAUGCAUAUCCACUAAACAUUGUAUAUUAUUAAUUUAAUCAAUACCACUAUAUAAGGCUCAUUAUAUAUACCUGUAGUUUAUAAGACUUAAUAUAUAAUAAAUUUGAAAUCAGAUAACA